GCCGGGCCCGGGGCGGCGGGGCCGGCACCUCGGCUCUCCUGCUGCUCCUGCUUCAGCUUUUGCUCCCACUGCGGCCGUGGUCCCCCUCCGCGCGGCUCUUCGUGCUGCGCGCCCGCUGAGCCCGCCGCUCCCCGGCCCAUGUACUGGAAGCAUGAGAACGCCGCCCCGGCGCUGCCCGAGGGCUGCCGGCUGCCGGCCGAGGGCGGCCCCACCACCGACCAGGUGAUGGCCCAGCCAGGGUCCGGCUGCAAAGCGACCACUCGCUGCCUUGAAGGGACCGCGCCGCCCGCCAUGGCUCAAUCCGACGCUGAGGCCCUGGCAGGCGCUCUGGACAAGGACGAGGGUCGGGCCUCUCCCUGUACGCCCAGCACGCCAUCUGUCUGUUCACCGCCUUCUGCCGCCUCCUCCGUGCCGUCCGCGGGCAAGAACAUCUGCUCCAGCUGCGGCCUCGAGAUCCUGGACCGGUAUCUGCUCAAGGUCAACAACCUCAUCUGGCACGUGCGGUGCCUCGAGUGCUCCGUGUGUCGCACGUCGCUGAGGCAGCAGAACAGCUGCUACAUCAAGAACAAGGAAAUCUUCUGCAAGAUGGACUACUUCAGCCGGUUUGGGACCAAGUGUGCAAGGUGUGGCCGACAGAUCUACGCCAGCGACUGGGUUCGGCGGGCACGAGGCAACGCCUACCACUUGGCCUGUUUCGCCUGCUUCUCGUGCAAGCGCCAGCUAUCCACCGGCGAGGAGUUUGGCUUGGUCGAGGAGAAGGUGCUGUGCCGCAUCCACUACGACACCAUGAUUGAAAACCUCAAGAGGGCCGCCGAGAACGGGAACGGCCUCACGCUGGAGGGGGCAGUGCCCUCGGAACAGGACAGUCAGCCCAAGCCAGCCAAGCGCGCGCGGACUUCCUUCACCGCCGAACAGUUGCAGGUUAUGCAGGCGCAGUUCGCGCAGGACAACAACCCCGACGCGCAGACGCUGCAGAAGCUUGCGGACAUGACGGGCCUCAGCCGAAGGGUCAUCCAGGUGUGGUUUCAAAACUGCCGGGCGCGUCAUAAAAAGCACACGCCACAGCAUCCCGUGCCGCCCUCCGGGGCGCCGCCGUCCCGCCUUCCCUCUACCCUGUCCGACGACAUCCACUACUCCCCGUUCAGCAGUCCCGAGCGGGCUCGCAUGGUCACCCUGCACGGCUACAUUGAGAGUCAGGUACAGUGCGGGCAGGUGCACUGCCGGCUGCCUUACACCGCGCCCCCCGUCCACCUCAAAGCCGAUAUGGAUGGGCCACUCUCCAACCGGGGUGAGAAGGUCAUCCUUUUUCAGUACUAACGCUGCCAGCGCUUCCGCAUCUGUCCAUGGGCGCCCCACAGCUGCCCCUCAGCCGCUGAAACCCGGAGUUCGAGCCGCUGCCAGGGAUCCACCCGCUCCACAUCCACCCCUCCUCUGACGUCCUGCCCGCCACCAGCUAGGCCCCCAGGCCUGGCCUUCCCCUCUCCUGCAGAGAACCAGAACCUGCCAGGAGCACCGCGGAGUCCUUCUCCCGGAAGGCAGAGCUCCCUGAAAUUUGGAGUCAGGGUGAAAACAACAGCCUUGUUUUUCCCAUUUAGACAGGAGUCAUCCUCAGCUUAAGCUGAUCACAAUAGCAAAAGGCCGAAUUGAAUUGCGUGAUGCCAACAGCCUUCCAAUUUACAGGUUUUCUUUCCUCCCAUGUUGGCCUUUAUUUACUCCUUCCUUGGAACCAUCUCUGAAUUCUGAAUAGCUGACAACCCCAAUGUUAUCCAUUCUGUUGCUUUUGUCUGGAAAACUCUACAGUGUUUGUGGGAUGUCCCCAAAGGAAAGCUAUGUUCUAAUUUUAUCAUUUCCAUCUGUCUGGUUAUGUCAAGUUAAUUCAGAGAGAGAAAAGACACUGACCAACCCUGAGAGGCCCAAUAGGGCAGAGAUGGAGGCCUGCCUAGACCAAGAGGCAGAGGGGGUAAGCAGAGCCUGGGAGGGGACAAAGACCCCCAUUGGUUUGGAGACCCAGGAGAAGGAUGUGGCACCUUGGGCUGAGAGAGACACUAGCCUUUUUAAGGAGGGGAAAGAGAAAACUUGGGGUAUGUGUUGGGGGCUCUGCCCCCACCUAGUUAUCCAGCAUCUGUGCAGGAGACAUAGCAGAGAUGGUCUUUGAUCUGUGAGGUGACAUUUCUCAAUGUUUGGACAGGUUUGAACUGGGGACCCCUGUUGGCUUGGGCCUCUUAUGGGGAGGUGGAGAACAGAGACCGGGGAAAUGGCAGAGUGGUCAUUCUGGACCCACCUCUGAGUAGAUAGAGGGGGCCCACUGCCUAGGUCAGUGUGCCAAGCCCAGGAUUCUGGCUGUUGCUUCUGGGCUUCCCCAUCAACCCUGCCCAGAGCCAGCCCCACCUACCCCUGAGAACGCAGGCCAGACACAGCUGUGCUCUCAUCCAUCCUGUCCUGCUAUAGCUCCUCCACCCCAGACUAAAGGUCUUGGGCUCCACGCAGCCAUGAUUUAUGUUUUCAGGGGACGCCCAUCUGUCCCAAGCUUAUCCUCUAAUUAUAGAAAUACUUGGUGUCCUGAUGCAUUUCCCGCUAGAGGCUGCUAGCAAGCAUGUUUCAGCCCAAGGUCUUCUUCCUGCUUUGGUUAACCUGAUAUGUUGCUUUUGGAAGGAGACUCUAGAGCAGGGAAAGCAAGUUCAUGGUACAAGGGUAUCUGCUGUCCCUGUUUUCACCCCUGGCAGACAUUGCUAAUCGAUUGCAGCACUCUCUAUCUCACUGAGUCUGGAUAAGGUUUCAGAAUCCAAAUGCUUGAAUUUGGCACUUAAAAUGAAAACCUAUAUGCCAUUCUCACUAUGGGACCUGGAGGAGGGCUGGGCGUGGAUGCAACCCCCAAAGGGAACCUGCUUCUUUUCCCUUUCGAAGAUGGUUCCAGCUGACUCAGGGCAAAGAGAAGGCACCCAUUCAGAAUGUGAUCAGAGCAGCUUGGUUCAAAACUCACCCACCCUGCGAAUAAUGUGUGCCUGGCCCAGUGCUUGGUGCUUAUGCUAACAGGAGCAGCUUGGGUCUGAUUGCUGAUGUUUGGAGAGCUCUCAUAUUUCCUUUGAUUUUUUUUGCUCCCAAUGAUCACAGUCCCAACCAAGCACAGUCAUGUGGUGAGUGGGUGGCUGAGCCCUGCCCUGGGUCACCCAGUACCCACUCUGCCUUGAGCCUCCCCCACAGGGUCUGUUCCUUACGUGGAUCACAUGGUUGUAGCAUGUUGCAGUUCAGACAUGUCUCCACUAGCCUGUUAGAGCAGCCUGGGAACGUACAGGCCAUCAAGACUAUUUAUUUAAAUACGAAACAAAAGGGGGGAAACACAUCCACAUGGAAAAAAAAUUGUAAGCACUUUUUUGUAAAACCAAUGUCUGUUUUGUUACAUACCUUUCAUGUUGUGCUUUGUAAAUGUCUUAUUUGUGUAAUAAAUAAAGUUAAUGCAAGUAGAAGUGCUGGCACUUACAUCCAGAGCAUGAUGGGAUUCCAUUUCUUUCUUCUGCUCUGGUUAAGGGCUCAGGCUCGGGCCUGGCCCCGGAGUAUCUGGGCCGCUAGACAGUGAACCCUCUUCGUGGAAAACUGGUUCUGGUUCCCAGCUAGGAAACUAAGCAUUGUAAAGGCAGGACGGUGGGUUUCUCCUCUAAUCUAAGCUUUGAGGGCCCUCAGGCUGGCUGCUGUCCUCUGUCCGGCUCCUGACCUUGUGCUCUGCUGGGCCCCGUGCUGGUUCCGCAGGCUCAGCGAGGGCCCUUGCGGAGCUGUCAGCCAGGCAAAUGCUGUAAACAGGCAGAUCCCGCCCGCGUGCUGUUGGCAUAGAGUGGGGCAUCUGAGCUGUAUCCUUGGGUGAAAAGUUCACGAAAUUAGCUUCAAAAGAGGAGAUGUUGGGGGUCUGGGAGGGAGGCACAGAGGAGCCUGAUUGGAAGAUGGGGGAGAAUUUGAUAUGACGAAGGGAAGGGGCAGGGAGAGAGGGCUCAAGCCUUGGCACAAGACUGGGUCUUACAAUGGCCUUGUUGGGUUGCAGAGCCAUCACGUAAUCUGGGGAGUGACAGAGUGCAUCCUUCUGCUGGUUGCCAGAUUUUCUUUCAGCAGCAGAACCAUUUGUUCAAACCAAAGCCCUCCAGGAAGGGAGUGGAGUGGCUCUUUGCCUGGUGCGAGGUGUCCUUGCCCUCCACCCCGCCCCCACCCCACCCCGUAGCCCUGCACCAAGUUGCUCAUAAGCCUCAGCUCACGGUAUACAUUGUCAUACCCCAGAAGGGCCCCUCUCUUUAUUAGUUGUUGUGUUCUGCAUCUCUGACCCCAUUUCAUCCCCCCCUUCCAUUCUGUCAUACAAUGACUUAGAUAUGUUCAUCUUUGAAAAUACUUUAGUUUAAGUUUUUUUGUGUGUGUUUCUUGACAUCAGUGUACUUUCUAUGUUCAAAACACAGUUUGGAAAACCCCAGUGACAUCAAUCCCAUCUUUCUACUGAUAUGACUGCUUUGCAAGGGGAAGGUGAUCCUUCAUCCCUCUAUGGCUCAGCUGAGCAGGCCCAGCCCUCCCUUGACUCCUGGCUCUGCCCUAGCAUGCCACUCAUGGGUCCCUUAUUCAAAGGCUAGUCUCCCACCCCUGCAGACCUUGGCAGAGCCCUUCCGGGCCUGACUCCCUCUCCUGGGCUGCCCUUGGUGAGCCAGCAGACAAGGUGCAGGGGGUUGCAGGAUCCAGCAGCCUCUAAGGAGGGAAAGUUAUGCAAAGAUCCAGGAUGCGUACAGCCCCAGUGUAGCCCUGGAACAUUACCACUUCCUCUGCUGGUUUUCAGCUGAUACCUGAGA